CUCUUUGAAAAAUGUCUCAUAAUGCAAACUCAUCAGAUGGUUCCGGUUCAUCGAAUGUGAAUGAAUAUGAUGAAUGGGAAACAUGAGUUGUUCAACAAAAUCGACAACUUGAUGUUAUCACGAGUAAGUUACUGAUAGGCAUGCCAAACAUGGGUGUAAGAGAUCAUCAUAGAGCAAGAAGGAGGUAUUGUGAUCAGGAACGUGAGCAGGGUGAGGCACGUUUGAUGAAAGACUACUUUGUUGACAACCCAACGUAUGGUGAAGCAAAAUUCCGUGGUAGAUUUCGAAUGCGAAAACCACUAUUUCUCUGCAUAGUGGAAGUUGUUACAGCUAAUGACCGAUAUUUUCAACAAAGACGUGAUGCCACAGGCAGACAAGGUUUUUCACCAAUACAGAAAUGUACUGCAGCUAUGAGGGUGUUGGCAUAUGGGACAUCAGCAGAUGCACUUGAUGAAUAUUUGAGAAUGAGUGAGACUGUAACAAGGGAUGCUCUUGUAAAGUUUGUGGAAGGUGUCAUUUCAUGCUUUCGUGAAAAGUACCUUAGAAGUCCCAAUAGAGAUGAUUUGGUACGACUGCUCCAUGAUGGAGAAGAACGUGGAUUUCCAGGUAUGGUAGGCAGUAUUGAUUGCAUGCACUGGGAAUGGAAAAAAUGUCCCACCGCUUGGGCUGGACAAUAUGCAGGUAGAAGCAGUAAGACAACAAUAACUUUGGAAGUUGUUGCAUCGUAUGACUUAUGGAUAUGGCAUGCAUUCUUCGGAACACCAGGUUCGUGCAAUGACAUUAACGUCCUCUAAAUAUCUCCUCUUUUUGAUGAUGUCUUGGUAGGUCGAGCAUCAAAGGUGAGUUACACUGUGAAUGAUCGAGAAAAUAAUAUGGCUUAUUAUCUCACUGGUGGCACAUAUCCUUCAUGGGCUGCCUUUGUUAAGUCAAUAAGUUCUCCACAAAUUUGAAAACACAAGUUGUUCGUUGAACAUCAAGAGGCGUCUUAAUAAAGAUGUUGAACGAGCAUUUGGAGUUUUACAAGCUCGUUUUGCUUUUCUUCAUCGCCUUUGUCUUGUGUGGGACAAAUAUAUGAUGGGGAAAAUUAUGAUUGCAUGUAUCAUUAUUCAUAAUAUGAUAGUUGAGGAUGAACGACACACAUACCUUCAUUAUUAUGAUCCAUCAGAAUUUAUAACUACAGAAGACGAAGAAUCUUUUGAAUACUCUACUCAACGAAUUGGAGAUCUAUCCCGUUAUAUGACCAACAGGGCACAAGUUCUCAAUAGAGAAGCUUAUAACACUCUAAAAAGCGAUUUGAU